AUGCCUCCCGCAGCGAUUGAGCCAGAGUCUUCAGAGAUGUCGAAUGGACUGCUCAACGGCACGUCUUUGAAGACGAAUGGGGACAUCCAUGACACCAAAUGGUCUGAAAGCUCUUCUCAAGAAGCGAACAGUGUUUCGCUAAAACAGUCCUGGGGCUGGGGCGGCCUCUAUGCCGAUUUCUACAGAGAUUUGUACGCAGAGAACAUUACCGCAAAGAUCAUGCACGUCGCCCAACGCUAUACUGGAACGAAUGCAAGUGAUAUUCCAACCUUCUACCCGGAAAUUGUGCCCCAGUCCGGAGACAAUGAAGGCCAAUACAAACACCGACCAGUGGACUUCUGGACCAGUGGCUUCUUCCCGGGAAGCAUCUACCUCCUUCUUGAGAGAUCAACUCGGUAUCCGAAGAGUAUGGGUCACCAGGACACACGCCUGACCCUAUCCCAAGUACGAGAUGAACUCGAGGUCCUGGGCAAGAGGUGGUCAGAUCCAUUGCGCCGCAUGGCCCACAGAACUGACACUCAUGAUCUUGGUUUCAUGGUCAUGCCUCACAUGAGGCUCCGCUGGGAACUAUGUCACGAGAGAGACGCACUGGAAAACAUCAAGACUGCUGCCGUCUCGCUCUACUCCCGCUUCGAUGCGCGUGUGGGCGCGAUACGCUCGUGGGAUGCCCUGCUGUUCUUAGACAACGUGCAGAUCCGGGACAAAUCGAGCAACUUUCUGGUCAUCAUCGACUCCCUAUGCAAUCUGGAGAUGCUCUACUACGCCGCUGCGCACACGGGCUAUGGAUACCUGGCCGAGGCCGCAACAACUCACGCCAAGACUUUGAAGAGAACGCACCUGCGCAAAGAGUUGUCGCACAAACGACCCGGCUAUGAAGGAGCACUUUACAGCACGUGCCACGUGGUGAACUUCUCGCCGGCAACGGGCCAUAUCCAGGAGGUCCGCACCGCCCAGGGAUACUCACGAGACACCACGUGGUCCCGUGGCCAAGGGUGGGCAAUUCUCGGUUACGCUCAGUCGUUUGCCUGGACGGGGGAUGAAGAGCUUCUCGAUGCUGCGUGCGGCCUCGCGGAGUACUUCCUACUUCGGCUAGAAAGCGCACCGGCCUAUGUUGAGAUUCUCCAGAGCACUGGCGAUGGGUCCGCGCCCCAAAAGGCAGGGAGGUACGUGCCAUUGUGGGACUUUGACGCCCCCGUCGAGGACAUUCAGGCACCUCUCCGUGACGUCUCCGCAGGUGUCAUUGCAGCGAACGGCAUGCUUGUUCUGGCCCAAGCACUGACGGCCCGAGGCCAGCAUGAGCGAGCCAAACGCUACUUGGGCAGUGCUCUGAGGAUCGUCGACGACACCCUAAAGUUUUCGUUGUCUCAACAGAAGAUGCGUCUUCAGACCGGGGCGAAUGGCAUCGCGUCGGCUGUGCCAUGCAAUGAGGAUGAAGUAAUGUUUGAGAGCGUAUUGAGGAAUUCAACGGUGAGCUGGCACGAACACAAUUUGUCUGCUAGCGGAGACCAUGGACUGGUUUACGCGGACUACUAUUUGAUCGAGUUUGGAAAUCGGCUUUUGCAAUUAGGUUAUGGCAACAUUUGA